AUGGCUAUUGUCAAAGCCUUUGCUACUGCUAUUAUAGCCGCUCUCUCUUUAAGCGUGGCUGCCGCUCCUGCGCGAGACAACGCUCAAAAUGAUAAAUAUAUCAUCACUCUUAAGAGUGGUAUUUCCUCUCGCGACGUCGAGUCCCAUAUGAACUGGGCCCGAGGCAUCCACGAUGCUAGCCUGGGCCGUCGUGCCCUGGAUUUACCGGGUAUUGAGAAGCGAUAUGACGUCGCUGAUUUCCACGCGUACUUGGGGUCAUUUGAUAAAGAGACUCUUCGGAAAAUCAUGGAGAGCCCAGAUGUAUUAGGCGUCGAACGCGAUGCAGAGACAAUCCCAAUGGCGUUGACAACGCAGCAGAACCCUCCAUGGGCUCUAAGCGCUAUAUCUAGUCGAACGCCAGGACCCCAGCCCUAUCAGUAUGACGAUAGCGCUGGCAAGGAUACUUUUGCAUACGUUCUAGAUUCAGGCGUCAACGCUAACCAUGUGGAAUUUGGCGGCCGUGCUACCAUCGGCUACAGUGGCUACAGCAACAAUAACCCCAACAAGGGUGUAGCCGAUAGAAGUGGCCACGGAACUAUGGUUGCCGGUCUUAUUGCCUCUAACACCUACGGUGUGGCUAAGAAGGCAAAUAUUAUUGCUGUCCAGAGUCAGAACUCGGCAUCAGCUUUGCUAGACUCCAUGUCUUGGGCUGUGCAGGAUAUCCAGAAGCAAGGCCGCGUCGGUCGGGCCGUCAUUAACUACUCGGGAGGGAUUCAGAAAUUUGCUGAUUCUAAUCCUUUCGUGACCGAGAGUCCCGGAAUUUCAAUGGCCCGAAUCAUGGAGACGGCGUUUAACCAGGGAAUUCUUUGUGUCAUUGCUUCCGGCAACCAAGGGGUGGUAGUUGAACAAUCCGACGCGCCUUAUCAAGGGAACUCUACUAGCGCUUUAGUGGUUGGCGCCGUCGACGAAAAAUGGGGCCAUGCGAGCUUCUCCAACUACGGUCCCAGCGUUGAUAUCCUGGCUCCCGGUGCUAAUGUUGUGACGACUACUAUAGGCUCUGACACGGCUACAGUAACACAGUCGGGUACUUCGCUCGCAGCUCCUCACGUUGCGGGGCUGGCGUUGUACCUAAUAACUGCCGAGAAUAUUAAGACGGCCGCGGAACUAAGGGCCAGGAUCUUGGCUCUUGCCACCAAGAAUAAAGUUACCAACGUCCCGGCUAACACGGUCAACCUGCUUGCGAGUAAUAGGGCUCAGUAA